AUGUGGAAUCAAGUAUUGCGGCGCAUUGUGCACGCGGAGGAGCGACAGCAGGAGGACCGUCGUCGACAGCAACUAGCACACGCAGCUUCCGCUGCGUCUUCUGCAUCGACCAGUGCUAGUUUAAGCUCUCACCUUUCCGUAGAAGCUUCACAAUCUUUACUAGAAGACGAGAAGUCUCAGACUGGAGGACGUUUUGUCGCUUCUAGUGAAAAAAACAAAGUGCUGGAGCCUACAAAGGCCGUAGAAAAAGAUGGAGAUGACAAGGAAGGUGCUGAUUAUCUGCAGAAACAUUUGCUGUCGCGUCCGACGUCGUCGUGGAGCUGCCUUGAGGACACUCAGCAGGCCAAUUGCUUGGCGUUGAACACGUCAUACACGCUCAUGGCGGUGGGUGAACGUGAUGGACGUGUGACGAUAUGGGACAACACGACCAUUCGUGUAAUUACACGGGAAUUGGAUCCGACGCUUAUUGCACUUCCGACGGUAGAAUCGAUUAAAGAUGCCGACAAAUUGAAUGGACAGGAGAAAGAGACGGUCAAGACAAAGAGUGGAGAAAAGAAAAAGAACGAGACAAGCUUAGGAAAUGAUGAGCGGGUAGUGAAGAAGGAUGACACGUCGGUGGAAGAUGAAGGAGAAGAAAGGACGGACGAUGUAGUGUCAGUCGAGGAAGACGUGGCGACGGAGGAAGAGGAAAAAGUCGACGCAGAUGAGGACAAGACUCUAGAGACGACGAUAGAGGAUGAAGGAGAUACGGUAGAAGGAGGAGCUGUAUUGACGCUGGCAGAUCUUCGAGUAGUGAGGACGGCACUAAAGGUGGUGUCUCAGUGUUGUUGGUCCUGCGAUUCUCGGUGGCUUUUUGCUGGAUGUGAGGAGAAAUCGACACGACGAGCGAGGUUGUGUGUCUGGAACGUGGAAGCAGCGACGCUUGUUUCAGCGUUUAAAUUUGAUGGUACAAUCACCUCGUUAAGUGCCCACCCUCUUGACCCGAAGAUGGUACUCGUGAGUUAUUGGAACUCGCGCCCAGUGCUGCUGAAUAUCGUCUCCGGUGAACGUACAGUACUGGAAAGUGUGCCACUGGAAAAUGCAGAGAUUACCCAGUCAACGCCUCAAAGCAACUCACGGCACCCUGUGCUUGCUUCUUGCGCGCGAUACGGACAUUCAGGGAAGCGCAUCUACUGUGCUACGUCGAAAUCGACACUUGCCGUGUUGGACGCUGUUACUUUGCAGUGUCUUGACAGUUUUAAGCUGAAUGUAACCAUCCAGUUCGUGGACGUUUGUGUGAACUUGCGUGAGACGGCAGUGCUACUUACAAGCUCGAAAGGUAUUCACGAGUUUGUCAUGAACCCUGCCGUGAAACCAGCCACUUCGAAGAAUGUUCAAGACGUUAAGUCUAUUAUGGCAGCGGAGGAGCACCCACUUGGACUGCGCGAGGUGGCACUGCAUUCAACUGGUGCAGUGCGCGCACCUUGGGCAGUUUGCUGCUUUAGUGGCGGUGAGGAGUUUGUGGUUGGUACACCUGUAGUGCGUCAUCGGCACGUAGGUGAGAACGGCUUGUUUACGUGGCAUCGAGCCUCCACUCUUGGCAAGACAACGGGUCAACACAACGUUGGGGUAAAAGAUGGUGUAUUGACGCUGACUUGGGAUCGAUUGAGACAGAGUGUGAUUGCUGUCUCUACCAGCGGAGCUCUGCACGUGCUUGAGGAGAAAUUUACGACAACGUGGCCAGGAGCGAUGUAUCCUGCAGGUUUCCGUCUUAUCACCGACAAUGAACUGCACUUAGACGUGCUCGAUCGUGACGUCGAAGAGCGAAAAAUUGAGAAGGAGAAACUCACUGAAGCGGCAAAGCAUACUCCAGUUGAUGUGUUCACUGUAAUGAACUUGCGUUCGGAGUUUCAAGGUGAAUGCGAUUUUGCUGGUGCAUUUCUUUCCGAGAGCUCGUUUGAUAAACUGUGCUACAUUCCAGCCAUUCCUAUUGCUCAUUACCAUCGCCGACAUCUACACCAACAUCAUGAAGGAGCCUUUGACGAAGAUAGGCAUUUUGGUCUCGGGCAGAGCGUUUUUGAGCCGCUCAAGGAUGCAAUGGACAAGCAAAAGAAGGGGAACGCUCGAAAACUGAGCAGUGGCGGCAUCAACAGGAACCUGAAGCGGCGGCGCAAAUAA